AAAUAUCCAACCAAAAAUGCCAAUGAAUAAAUGCAUUAAAAGGUUCAGUAUUCUCUCAGAAUUGAGUUAUGCAUUUUUAUUUUUUUUUGGCGUAAGUAUUUUGGCUCAAUAUUCACGCUUUUGCCCAUUCAAAUGGACAAACAGUUCAUGUAAAUGUAAGCAAUGAAGAUAUUACAGUGGAUGUUGCUCUGAUGGUACUAGCCUGAAAUUCCAGACGUUUGCUAAUUUGCGACAGCUGCUGCAAGGUUUGUGGUGUGUGAAAAAGGUCGGGUUACCAAGGGAACUGUGGUGGUCUUAGCGCGAGCUUGCACAGAGCAGGCGAGGUGGAAGGAUGGAACACAGGUAACAUAAUAGAAAGCAUGAACGACGAGAGUUUUGAGAGAAUGGUGAGACACCCGUGUAGGAAGCAAAAUGGAAGAACUGGGGAAGGAAAGGUCGAUAUGCAGCGCUAGAUCCUUCUCAUGGCUCGAGCCACCAGAAAAUGUAAAGGUAACAUUAGCCCCGCCAUCCAAGUUUUGGAAACUCUCCGAUUGCUUCUCUUCAACUGUCCCUACUACAGCAAACCAGAACAAUUACAUGGACAGUCAACCGCCUGUGUUGGAGCUGAAAGAUGUGCCCCCGCCUCCGCUGCCUGCUGCCUCCCAGCCUUUUCCGCUCGCCCCCCUUCCGCCCCCCUGCCUCCCCUCGCGAGGCUCCCUAGCCCCUCCACUACAGCCGGGUAGCCCCAAAGUAAGCACCUGUUCCCAGUGCGAGGCCAGCCUGCACCCCCAGUCCGGCCUUGACCUGCUGGGGAGCCAGGCUCGUGGGUUUGGAGAUCUGUGCGGUGGAGGUAGUAGCAUUACUGGUGGUGCUGGUGGUGGUUCUAUUCUCUUCUCCAAACCCUUAGGCGCUGCUCAUGCCUGGGCCGCAUGCCAGGCAGCCUCCUCUUCGUCCAACACCUCCACGUCCGCUCCCUCCUCCUCCUCCUCCUCCUCCACAGUCCCUCAUCACCUAUCUCUCUUAUCCGGGCACGCUGGGCAGGUGCCGUCCUCCCUCCCUUCAGUGGCCACCUCCCAGCCCGUGGCCUCCCUCUCCCAGCUCCCCUGCUGCUCGGGGCUCCUGAAGCCCCUUCACGCCCCCACCUGCCCCCAGCUUUCCCAGGCCUACGGGCAGCCCAUGUACGGGUCGUGCCCUGCAGCCCCGUCCUCUGGGUACUACCGCUACGGCGGGGAGCUCGGCUCCGGGACGGCAGGGAAGCAGCCUCAGCACCCGCACCAUCACCAUCACGGUGGCCUCUCCACCUCACCAGCACCCGUCUGCUCACACCCUUUGCACCACGGUAUCAAGCGCACAGUUUGUCUGAAAGGGGUGCACUACUGCCAGGAUUGUCUGAGCAAGCCUGCUCAAGGUUUGGUCUCGGAGCCAGCUAAACUCUGGCCCAACAUCCCCCCUCCUCACGCCCAGUCCGCCCCCAUCCCCGUGCCCAUGUGCAACGGCUGUGGUGUGACCGGAGCCUCCACAGACGGCCUGCUGCUCCUUGGGUCCAGCCUGGGCAAAACCAGCCAAAAAUACGGUUCACCAGACAGUGGCACCCAGGAGAGCCUGCCCCCGGUGGGCGUGUUCUGGGACAUAGAGAACUGCUCGGUGCCCACUGGGCGCUCGGCUGCCAGUGUGGUCCAGAGGCUCCGUGCACGCUUCUUCCCCGGGCACCGCGAGGCUGAGUUCAUCUGUGUGUGUGACAUCAGCAAGGAGAACAAGGAUGUCAUCCAGGAGCUGAACAACUGCCAGGUCACUGUGGCCCACAUCAACGCUACAGCAAAGAAUGCCGCUGACGACAAGCUGCGCCAGAGCCUGAGGCGCUUCGCCGACACUCACACCGCCCCCGCCACCGUGGUGCUGGUCUCCUCCGACGUCAACUUUGCCAGUGAGCUGAGUGACCUUCGCCAUCGCCAUGGUUUCCAGGUGAUCCUGGUACACAAGAACCAGGUGUCCGGCGCUCUGCUCCAGCACGCACAUCGCCAUGUGGCCUUCGAGGAGUUCCUGUCUGGCCUGCCGCCAAGGAUGCCGUUGAAAUCUCAGCCCGGUUUCAACAUUCUGUUUGUCCACAACCUGCCCACCAACCGCGACGGCAAGAGCGUGGCCAACAGGCUGAGGCGCCUGUCGGACAACUGCGGCGGCAAGGUGCUGGGCCUGUCGGCCGGCACGGCUGUCCUGCGCUUCAGCUCCCUGGAGGCGGCAGAGCGCGCCCGCAAGCGCAUGGAGAACGAGGACGUCUAUGGCUGCCGCAUUCACGUCUCGUUCUCCCCUGAGGAAGAGCAGGGAGGAGGAGGAGGAGGAGGAGAAGGAGAGGAGGAGGGAGACAAUAAUGACGACGACGACGACUCUGUCAGACGUGUCCAGCUGCCCUCUGUCCUCCCCUCCUCGUCCUCCUCCUCCUCGCUGUCCGCUGCACUCUUCCUCCCGGUGGAGAAGCCCCGCUCCCCCCGCCGGCCCCGCCGCGCCGGUGCUGGAGCCCAUAUCCGGCCGUGCCAGGUGGCCAGCUACACCGUGCCCGAGCGGCCCUACAGCCCCAGGAAAGGCGGCGGUCCGCAUGCUGCCAGCAGGCCCACUCAGGAGCUAGGCCCUGCGGAGACCAAGCCCCGGAUGGGCUUCCUGUCGGACAAAGGACGCACCUCCUCCGCCUCACCCCACAGCAACGGGGAGACGACCCUCCAGAACCACCAGAGAGCCGGCCUGGCAGGAGACGCUCCGUACCGCGGCAAGAGGAGGGACCUGUCUGGGUCUCCUCACGCCCCUGCCAGGAGGGACUUGUCUGGGGUGCGUAGUGCCACCGACUCCCCCGCGGAGCCCUUCACGGUCAGCACGCCCUCGGCCUUCAGCAAGCUCAGCCUGCAGAGGAGCUUCAGCCCCAUGCUGCUCUCCCAGGGCUCCUGGUCCUCACGGAGUGGCUCCCCCUGCCUGUCCAACCGCUCGUCCCCCCUCAGUGCCCCCAGGAGCCCCGGCCCAGACGCCAACGCCUCCGCAGAGCCCUUCUCUGACGGCGCGGACAUCCAGGUGUCCAACCUGGACUACCGCAUGUCCCGCAAGGAGCUGCAGCAGAUCCUGCAGGACACCUUUGCCAAGCAUGGGAAGGUGAAGGGUGUGGAGCUGAGUCCCCACACAGACUACCAGCUGAAGGCCACCAUCCAGAUGAGCUCCCUGCAGCAGGCCAUCGGGGCCAUCGGAGCGCUGCACCGCUACAAGAUUGGAGGCAAACGCAUCCAGGUGUCUCUCCUCACCGGUGCCAACAACAAGUCCCUCACUGUUUUCAGUUCUGAAAUUAUCAGUAUUCUUCAAGAUGCCCCAGCCAGUUGCCUUCCACUCUUCAAAUUCACUGAGAUCUACGAGAAAAAGUUUGGCCAUAAGCUGGUGGUGAGCGAGCUGUACCGGCUGCCCGAGGUGGUGGCGGUGCGGGAGCAGGGCGGCGGGCGUCUGGUGUGCCUGCUGCCCAACAGCCAGGCCCGGCAGAGUCCGCUGGGCUCCUCGCAGUCCCACGACGGCUCCUCGGCGAGUGGCAGCCCCGUGGUGUUUGAGGAGCUGGAGUACCACGAGCCAGUCUGCAAGCGCCACUACACCCAGAGCAGCUUCAGCGAGGCGGACUAUGAUCCAGACUCCUAUAAGAUCCCGUUUGUUGUGGUCUCUGUGAAGACACUGGCUGCCCAGGUGCACAGCUUGCUUCAGUCCCACGAGGGCACAAUACCACUGCUCAGUUUCCCAGAAUGCUAUGCAACGGAGUUCAGCCCGCUGACGGUGGGAGAGGAGGGCGAGCUGGAGGAUGGAGUCCCCCUGGAGCACCUCAUCACCUGCAUUCCCGGGGUCACUGUCGUCACGGCACAAAACGGCUUCAAGGUCGUCAAGUGGAUCCACAAUAAGCCACCCCCGCCGAAUGCUGGUAAAGAGGCAUGUCAGUACCCGUGGGUGCCGCGCUGCAAGAGCCCGGUGGGGAACCCCCAGCUGAUCCAGUUCAGCCGUGAGCUUGUGGACCUGCUGAAGGGCCAGCCCUCCUGCCUCAUGCCUCUCAGCAGGUUCAUCCCAGCCUACCACCACCACUUCGCCAAGCAGUGCCGCGUCUCCGACUACGGUUACUCCAAACUCCUGGAGCUGCUGGAGGCUGUGCCUCAUGUACUACAGAUUCUGGGCCUUGGUUCUAAGCGUCUGCUGACCCUGACCCACCGCUCUCAGGUGAAGCGCUUUACCCAGGACCUGCUCAAGCUGCUCAAGUUCCAGGCCAGCAAGCAGGUGGUCAUCCGGGACUUCAUGCAGGCCUACCACUGGUGCUUCUCGAGAGACUGGAGUGUGAUUGACUACGGCAUGUGUGACCUAAUGGACCUCCUCACGGAAAUUCCCGACACGACAAUCACCAUCACACAGCAGGAUGACGACAUGGUCAUCUCUGUGCCCAAGAGAGAGCGCACGGCGGAGGAGCAGGAGCGCACCAGGCAGUUUGCCAAAGAGGUGGUGGACCUGCUGCGCCACCAGCCCCACUUCCGCAUGGCCUUCAGCAAGUUCAUCCCCACCUACCACCACCACUUCGGCCGCCAGUGCAAGCUCACCCACUACGGCUUCACCAAGCUGGUGGAGCUCUUCGAGGCCAUCCCUGAUGUGCUGAUGGUGCUUGAGUGUGGGGAGGAGAAGGUGCUGUGCCUGACGGAGGUGGAGCGCGUGAAGGCGCUGGCGGCGCAGCUGGUGAAGCUGCUGCGGGCGCAGAGGGACUGCCGUCUGCCCGUGCAGCAGCUGCUGGCCGAAUACAGCAAGACCUUCGGCUACGGCCUCCGCCUGCAGGACUACGACGCCAACUCCUUGCCCGAGCUGCUGGCCAAGCUCUGCCAUGUGGUUAAGGUGGUGGAUGGUGCCGAGGGCCGCGAGGUGCAGCUGAUCAACAGGAAGUCUCUGCGGGCGCUGACCUCCCAGCUGCUGACGCUGCUGAUGGGGCCGGCCCCAGGCUCAGCCCCCCCGCCCCAGAGGCAGGGCAAGGGGGACGGGGCGGGAGGGCAGGAGCCGGCCUGGCCCGACGUGGAGCAGCUCCAGCAGCGGUACGAGGCCGCGCACAGCGCCCCCCUCAAGCCCUGCGAGUACGGCUUCCUGUCCCUCAGCGAGCUGCUCAAGAGCCUGCCCUUCCUGGUGGAGCUGUACGAGGUUGAAGAGGGGGAUGGCGAGUGUGGCGGUAGGGAGCGGGUGAGGCUGACGCGCCUCUACCAGUUUGCCUGCCGCGUGCGCGCGCUCCUGCACACCUACCACUACCACCAGAUCUUCCUGAGCGAGUUCCCCAGCGCCUUCAGCAAGUACACGGGCCUCAGCCUGCAGUGUCGCACGUACGGCUACGGCACACUGGACGAGCUGCUGGCCGCCAUCCCUCAGGUCAUCUGGAUCAAAGGCCACGGACACAAGAAGAUCAUUGUGCUGAAGAAUGAGAUGAAAGUACGGAACAGCUCAGCCCCUGGAGACAGUCCUGGCCCGGAGGGUGACAGAGUAAGGGCAGACAGCCAGAGCUCCAGCAGUGCCAAAUCAGGGAACCAGAGUCCAGGGUGCGACCCGGAGCUGCUGUGCCUGGGCUCGGGCUCCCCGGUGGACCUGCUGUGUGGACCCGUCCCCUCCUGCCUGCCCUCCCCCCAGCUGCACCCCGACCCUGUGCCCCUGCAGCCUGCUGACCUCAUCCACUUUGAAGAGAAGGACCACAACGACCUGCAGACAGAAGCAGCUAGCUCAGAGGAAGUCCCUUGGUCUUCAGCUUCUGCUCCGAGUGCUUGUGACGACUCCAGCAGCCAGGAUGGUGCCAACUCCGACACCAGCAUCACCACCACCCUGGCGGCCACGGCCGCCGCCGCCCUGGAGCCCCAAUCACCGCUCCUCGCCGCUCCUGUGACGGACAGCCCCAGCAAGCGCACGCCUCGCACCCGGGUCAAACUGGCCGCCAACUUCUCCUUCACCCCCGCCACUACGGCGUGACUCUCUCAUCCCUCCCCCUAAGUCCACCAUCCACCCCUUUCCAGAUGGUACCCCCCGCAUUUAAGCUAGUUUUCCACCGUGCCAUUUUUCUUUCUCGUGUUAUUUAUUCCUCUUCCAUCCGCAGUGGUCUUGGGCAUUCUGCAAUCGGCUCUCUACCAAGUCGUGUCUGUCUUUGUAUUUCACUGAAAGCAGCAUUGCAGUAUUUUGUUUUCUAUUUUUCUACAGGAUAAUUAAGUGUAGUAGAUGAAAAGGAUGGAAGAUAUUUAUUCUGUGCUCGGAGCAAUUAUUUUCAAGGAAAUUGUGUCUUGAUAGACUUUGCAUGAAAUGUUCCACAAAAAAAAAAAGAAAGCAGACAUUCUGUCACUUAUAGUUGGUUGAAACUGUACAGGGGUACGCCACCUUGGAGCAUCAAAGGAUUAGAUUCAUUUCACUAAUUAAGUGUCUUCUUAAUUUCUGUCAUCGAGUGUCAUUUACCCUAAAGAUCUUACAGCAGAUGAGCCAUUUAGAGUUUAAAACACUUCUAUUCUUUUAAAGAACUAGCAUUUUUUUAUGAUGACACAUGAAGAUGAUCAGUAAGUUUAAGAAUGAUUUGAGUAGCAUAUUUCUGUACGUGUUGUCUCAAUCUAGAAAUGGCUUACCUGGCCAAAAUAUGAUAGCCUUUUUUUAAAUCACAUCUGUCGUCCUAACCAUGCACAUCGCUAGAAAAUGUGUUUACAUAAUGAAUGAUGGUAGGCACCAUCUCAGCCCUUCAUGAUGUUGACCUGAUGUUGUAAAGGAUGAUGUCCUUGGUUAUGAGCAAGGGGGGGUGGAAAGUCCAGGUCAUUUUGAAGGGAAACCAUUAAUUUUGUCAAUGGCAUUAAGUCAUUCAUUUCAUUUAAGUCUUGUCUAGUGUUUUGCGAAGAGAACAGUUGUUCUGCGAGUUCUGUUUGAGUUCUCUUGUUGAGUUAGACACUUCUGAAGGAAAGAGUGUAUAGGUUGUGAUUAGACAUUAUUUAGUGGCGUAUAUAGUUUUAGAUCAGUCCUGAAGAUCUGGGUCCUCUCGGCGUCUGUUCGUUGUCAGCAUCGCAGACAUCAUCUCUCAAAACAUGCAGGAUAAUGCCUCUGUUCUGUGUGACGUGUCCGAGCCGUCAAAGAAACUCAAAUGGGGUCUGACUUCUCUUUCAAUGAAGGUCGCGUCCAGAUCCCGGGGAAGGUUUCUGUGAGCGUAGGCUGCACCAGUUUUGAUGGACGCAAAUCUGACGCUCCUUCGACUGUGCUACGUCUCGCUCCACCUUUAUUUUUAAUGUGGCCUAAGGUUGGGUAGGUAGAGAGGACAACCAGAUAUGCACAUUGGCGUGCAUACAUCAUCUGACGUGAAACGUUUUUUGUGUUGGUAUCUAAAAAGCUGGUGAAGCUGCACUUGGCUAUGUAGAUAAGUAUGUGAGGGUUUUUUUUUUUUUUUUUGUGGUAGUGGUUGUUUUUUGUCGUUCACUUGGUUAUGUAGAUAAGUAUGUGUUGUGCGCUUUUUGUUGUGGUCGUUUGUUUUGUUUUUUUCCGUCUUGUGUAACUCAUCCACAGAUGACCUAAACGGGAGUUCUGCUAGUCUCGUGCAACCGUUAUCUUGUGGAAAUGCCAAGGUUGAAGUCUUUGAAACCUUGCGUCCUUGUGUCUUGUUGUUGGUUUUUUGUUGUUCAUUUUUGUUCUCUUUUUGUUCUUUAAGUUGUGGUGUUUGAGAGGCUUCCAGCAGGCACCAUUUCUGUUGUGGCUGUGCAUUCAUUCAUAUCCAGUGAGGCCAGUUUUUCCGGCCGUGGAUAAAAUGCCAGGCCUUGUUAUGUGUACACACCUGGUGGCGUGGCGGGACAAUGCGAUUGGCUCGAGCGACUCUCGGUGGGACGCACAGAGGCUCACUGGGCAACUGUGGGGACAGCCUGGCUUUUACAAUGGCUUGUAUCAGCCAGGGAACCAUUGAGAAGAACUAGCGAGCAAUCCGAGAUGAUCGCCAGCGUCUGACAGCGUAGGCCGUAGUUUUAUUGAUGUCUUUUUCUUCUUUUUUUGAGGAGAUGUUUCUGUAGAGGGUAGCUGAGAUGGGAGACUCGUCCUGCAUGUUUUGGGGGGCUGGUUGUCCUGUGAAUUGUUUGGGACUGACUUACGACAGGCAAAUAGUGAUUACUUUACAAUGAGUCAGAGUGAAUUAAUAGGCUUGGAUGGCACAGAGGAGAAGGUACACACCAGUUCCAGACUCUAGUGUCAUAGUUAAAACAGUGGCCAUGUGUUUGUGUUUUAGUUAAAACAGUGGCCUUGUGUGUGUGUUUUUCUAAGACUGGACUGAUUUUGAGAUCUCCAGUUCCACAGUCCUGUUUUGUAGUUGCCUGUCUGUGUCUUUGGUUUGUUUUUGUUUGUUUGUUUGUUUGUCUUUCAUGAUUUGUGGGCAGUCGUUCUGGUUAAUUCAGCUAGGGUGAAUGCUGAUGCAAUGAAAGUUCUAGAAUUUUUUUAAAUAAUUGUUUUUGUUUUUUUCUAAUGCAUUAUUUAAGCCCAAAGAUUUAUUUUGGUCAAAUAAAUCACAUGUUAAGAUCCUGUUAUGACUUAAAUGCUGUCCUAAAUGAUGCUCCAUAAUGUCUUAUUCUUUAUAUCUUUUUUUUUCUUAACAUAGAAACCCCCCCCCCCCUGCACAGUUUUGACCAACUCUGAAGAGUCUUGUUUAGUGCCACCAUUUUGAAGUGCAAUGUUUUUCUUUACCUAUGCACGUUUGCAUAGUUUUGAGUCAUAUAUAAAUAUAUACUGUUUAAUGUGGCGUUGUUAGGAGGAACACCAGAAAACGAGUGAACCCCUUUUCUGUGGGCCAUAGAAUAUAUAAUGUUGACCCAUUUCAGUGUUGUUCUUGAAUCCAUCAUCACUUAGUUGAGAUGGCCUGUGGGUUCAUACUUUGGUUUACAAAGUUUGUUUUUGUCCCCUUGUCGUGGGAAUCGCCUGUGUCCAUUUUGUUUGCAACUUUCGCCCAAGGCAUACGUGUCAUAUCUGUGCUCAUUUUUAAAGGCAAGUUUAAGUAAACGGUUCAUUCAUUUCUUUGUGAAAUCGUGUGAACAUCAGCACUUCAUUAUUUUGAGUCAUUCUUGAAAAUGGAGUUAAGCAAAUCUAUAUUAUGUGGCGAGUGCCCAAGACCAUGUCCGAUCAUUACAUGAACGCUCCUGGCAGCAGAUCCAUUCGUUUCAGAUUCAUUGGGAACCUCUUUAAAGCUGUGUUCAGGAGGGGUGGAAUCUCUCACACUGAAAUCUCUGACUUCAUCCUGACCUCUUCUUCUGAGUUCAGUACCCCCCUCUCCCCAAGGCCAUGUUUCUGUUCUUGUAUUUGUUUUGAAGGGACCAAAUUAUGCCAGUUAAUAAAGCAUUACAUAAGCC